AUGUGGGCGAGGGCGUUAACAUUUAUGUCGGGCCGACACACACCGACCGUCUCCUUUCUUUCUUACCAGCGGAACCCCCACGCCACAUCGUCGCCUCCCGCUCCACAUCUCGCUCGCUCACCGCCGCUAGCUAGAGUUAGAAUCCGCCAUGGCCGCCGCCUCCGCCGCCGGCGACCACCGCAUGGGCACCACCAUCGUGGGAGUCUGCUACGACGGCGGCGUAGUCCUCGCCGCCGACUCGAGAACCAGCACCGAAUCCAGCUUGGGCAACCUGCUACCGUGCAAGUUGCAUCCAACUUAGUUAGGUUACUGGCCUAUCAGAACAAGAGCUUGUUGCAAGCUGGAAUGAUUGUUGGUGGAUGGGACAAAUAUGAGGGAGGACAAAUUUACUCGGUCCCUCUUGGUGGAACGAUUCUGAAGCAACCAUUCGCAAUUGGAGGAUCUGGUUCUAGUUACCUGUAUGGAUUCAUGGAUCAUGAAUGGAAAGAGGGUAUGACCCAGGAAGAAGCUGAGAAGUUUGUGGUGAAGGUGGUUUCCCUUGCUAUUGCUCGCGAUGGUGCUAGUGGAGGGGUUGUUCGCACUGUUACUAUUAACGAGGAGGGCGUUAAAAGGAGCUUCCACACUGGUGAUGAGCUGCCACUGUGGCAUGAAGAGCUGGAACCACAGAAGUCGCUCCUUGACAUUCUCGCAGCUCAGAGCACUGAUGCAAUGGUCCAUUGAAAUUACGGCGCUUACUAUUGUACUGAGCGCUUAGUACUGAUAGCGUCGGUUCUAGACUCCCUCGCAACCUACGUACUUGGUGCCGGUUUUCAAGAUUCCCGAGAAAACGCUGAAAUUUCUAGGUGCUAUUGGACGGGCCUUCUUUUGGGCGGCUGAGGAGACGUGCACAGGGUCCAAAUGUUUAAUUGCAAGGAAGAACGUAUGUGAACCGAAAGAAUUUGGUGGUCUAGGCAUCAAGGAUGUUGCUACACAGAAGGACUGUCUUGUUAUGAAGUUUGCCUUCAAAUACCUCAGCCGCAACAUGUAAGAUGAGGAUGUCGAGCUCAUGGAAGAUGAGGACGAGCGCUUCUUGCUGCAUGGCUUGAGCUACUCCCCCAAGGCCGCGUACUCUGAAGAUGCUCAUGCUGCACUGAUUUGGAGGUCCAGAGCUCCUCAUAAACUGAAUUUAUUUGCCUGGUUACUCUUCCACGGUCUGUCUCAACACCUGCCCCUCGCUGCAGCGCCUCUUGUGAAGAUACACCCCACCUGUUCAUCUCUUGCCCGCACGCCGCCAGGAUGCUGGGCGCAGGCUGGCUUGUCUACAACUCGGAGAUUCCAAGACUUGUGGUUCUCUCAAUUUCUGCCAUUGUUGGACUCCCGAAUCUGGCCACAAGUGCUACUUGUACUUCUGGGGGAAAUCUGGGAUUCGCGCAAUGCUGCUGCCUGUAGAGGUGAAGACCACCCCUCUCUGCUCACUAUCCGAAACAUUGUAGUAACAGACUUUGAGUUGGUACUCUUUUCGCUUUCGAGACCCAGAUGACAAGGUAGCUGCCAGGUCUUGGCUUAGCUAUCUUGCCACACGGCUUGAGAUCCCUGUAACUUUCUUUGGCCCUCUGUGGCCGUUUGAGAAAUACUCCCUCUGUCUGAAAAUACUUGUCAUGGAAAUGGAUGUAUCUAGAUGUAUUUUAGUUCUAGAUACAUCCAAUUUUAUCAAUUUUGAUGACAAGUA